CCCCCCCCCACCCCACACCUCCCCGAACCCCCGAACCCCCGAACCCCCACCCGGCAAUCCGUGUUAUCGUCUGUCUUUCACGCAACGAUGGACUAAUGCUUCUUCGGGUUUGAAGUUAAACUACAACCUGCACGAGAGGCCUUCCACAGAGGACGCAUCUGACCGCCGGCCAAGGCCAUGGACUGGAAGACCUUCCAAGCCCUCCUCAGCGGGGUGAACAAAUACUCCACGGCGUUCGGCCGCGUGUGGCUCUCCGUGGUGUUCGUGUUCAGGGUGAUGGUGUACGUGGUGGCGGCGGAGCGCGUGUGGGGCGACGAUCAGAAGGACUUUGACUGCAACACCAAGCAGCCCGGCUGCGCCAACGUCUGCUACGACCACUACUUCCCCAUCUCCCACAUCCGCCUGUGGGCCCUGCAGCUCAUCUUCGUCACCUGCCCGUCCUUCAUGGUGGUCAUGCACGUGGCGUACCGCGACGACCGCGAGCGCAAGUACAAGGCGAAGAACUCGGACGGCAAGAAGCUGUACGAGAACACGGGCAAGAAGCACGGCGGCUUGUGGUGGACCUAUCUGAUCAGCCUCUUCGUGAAGACCGGCAUCGAGGUCUCGUUCCUCUACAUCCUCCACCACGUCUACGACAGUUUCUACCUGCCCAGGUUGGUGAAGUGCAGCGUGUCGCCCUGCCCCAACCUGGUGGACUGCUACAUCGGCCACCCCACCGAGAAGAAGGUCUUCACCUACUUCAUGGUCGGAGCUUCGGGCCUCUGCAUCGUCCUGAACAUCUGCGAGAUCAUUUAUCUCGUCUCCAAGCGCUUGGCUCGCAUUCUGAACAAGGCCAGGGAUCGCCGCCGCCGCACCCGGGCCGAGCGCCUGGAGAGGUACCACGGCGACUCCUUCGACAACGGCGACAUGGUCAUGUCGACACGGUACCUGAAGGACCAGCCGCCGUCCUUCAAGAGCGCGGUCAAAUUUCCGCACAGGAUAUCUGAGCUCAAAAUGGAAGAGAAGAUACGGGCCUCUGCUCCUAAUCUGUCCCUUUCUUAGAGACAGGAAGUGAGGCUGCGGCGCUCGCCUGCGCCCCUCGGCCCCGGGAAACCCAAUCACGGACCUCAGACUCAGAACUACGAGCCGAAAGGCGAAAGGCGUGUCGGAACCCUGGAAGUUGAGUCAUCGGCACUGGAUUCACCAGGCGUGGGGCCCCUGCGUCCACACCUGGGGCUCUUUUUGAGAGCAUGAACUUUGGUUUCCAUGUCAACAGUCGCAAUAUUUACGAGUCAGCCGGAGCCAAAAUGCUUUGUAAAUGAUGUGUGGCUUUUCUUCUUUGAGGACAUUGCAUGUCGGUGUGUCGGUGUGCACCACUUCACCCACAUUAGAACAUACCUGUGCGGCUUUUUGACACGGACGGGGGAGGACGCGGAGGUCAGGACACACCUGGCGGAGGUAUUCACCCUCCCUGCCGCCGUCUACGGUGGCGUCAGGCUGCUCCAUUGUCCCCCACGGUGUCGCAGCCAUCUUUAUCUUCACCAUCUGCCAGCACGAUGACUUUUAUAUCACGGAAGAAUGGUAUGAAAAGAUUCUCACUGGGGACACUCCCAAGACGUUUAGUCAUGUCUGAGUAAUACUUGAAGGGUGUGUAAACUGGCCACUUUAAAAAAAAAAAAAAUGUCUGCCCGAUUUUCUUUUGUCGAAUCAAAAGUCAUAUAUCCUUGAUAGAUUUCUACAUCGAACAGCCUCAGGGGUCGUAUGCUUCAUGCUGCAGAGUCAUGCUGUACACAGACUUCCUGUGUUUUGACUUUCUGGUACACAAACUUGUCUCAUACGAGACCAAUGUUGAUUUUAAAUGAGGCAAAGGAAUGCUGCUGCAGGAUUGUGUGUUGGUAGAGCAGGAGUGCAGAGGACGGA